AUGGGUUCAAGGUCGGCUCUGAGCCCCUUCCUGUUUGCGGUGGUGAAGGACGGGUCAACAGUCUCCAGAGUGAUGAUGAAGAGUGUGAUGGCAGCUCUGUCUGUGCUGACAGUCAACAUGUUCCUGAGCCUCUUCUUCCCUGCAGCUGUUUCAGGUGAUGAAGCUGAUUGUGGUUCUGUAACACCACCCCUUCGCAUCACAACACCAGGGAUGAUGGAAGCUCUGAGUGGAUCUUGUUUGCUAAUCCCAUGUAGUUAUGAACCAAAAGAUUCAACAUAUGACAGCAGCAAAACAAUCAAUGGAGUUUGGAGGAGAAAUUGGUGGUCUGCAAGCAAUAUUUUUCACAGCGAUGGAUCAGUUAACAUCUAUAAAUUGAGCAUCACUGGAAACCUGAAGGACAAAGACUGCACCACUCUGUUUCCUGAUCUACAAACAAGUUAUUCAGACAAAUACUUCUUCAGAAUUGAGAACGCACUUUUAAAGGCAACAGCUUGUGCUGAUUCUCUUCAAAUAUCAGUUAAAGAUUCUGCCUGGAGUCCCAGCAUUAAAGUCUCAGGUGAUCUGAAGGAUCUGAAGGAGGAGGAGUCUGUCUCCAUCACCUGCUCAGCUCAGACUCCCUGUCCACACUCACCUCCUGAACUCACCUGGAGUCUCCAACAAGACUCUCAGAGAACAGAGAAGAACCCAGAUGGAACGUUUACAACUAAAAUCCAGGAGAACAUCAUUCUGUCAGACACACAUGAUGGAGACAACAUCACAUGUUCUGUCAGAUAUCCUGUGGAUGGAGGGAACCGUAAGAAGGCAGCAGAAACAAAUCUGACUCUCAGUGUUUCCUAUGCUCCUAAAGACACCUCAGCAUCCAUCAGUCCAUCAAGUGUGGUGUCUGCAGGUACCUGGGUGGAGCUGAGCUGCUCCAGCAGAGCCAAGCCUCCUGUCAGAACCUUCACCUGGUUCUGGAACAUCAAACCUGGACCUGUUCUUGUUUCUGAAGGUCAGGUUUACAGGUUCAACGUCUCUGAGGGAGGAGAGUUUUACUGUGUGGCUCUAAAUGAUCUGGGUAACCAGAGGUCACCUGUGGUUCUUCUUAACUUAGAAGGUAAAGAAGCGUUUCUGCUCCGUGCUCUUCUUUCCCUGAAGAUCCUGGGGAUCGUGACCCUCUGCACUUCAGUCAUCGUCUUUGAGUGCUGCUUUAGAUUCUUCAACAAACCGAAGAAGGAACCAGAGGAGGUGCUCUACGAGAACAGUGUGGUGGAGGUUCGUGCAUCAUGA